AUGACAGAAGAAGAGAAACGUAUCGUGGCCUUCCUAGGUCCGGAGGGCAGCUACACACAUCAGGCCGCCCUCUCCGCCUUCCCCCCAACCACCCCAACAACCCCACCCGUAACCCUCACCCCCUCCAUAACAAUCGAAGACGUCUUCUCCGCCGUCCAAUCCCGCACCGCAUACCGCGGCGUCGUCCCCUUUGAAAACAGCUCAAACGGCAGUGUAGUCUUUACCCUCGACCUUUUCGCCGACCUGAAUAACAAGUAUCCUGAUAUUCUUGUUACGGGAGAGGCGUAUGUGGCUGUUAAGCACUGUUUGUUGGGGUAUGCGAAUGCUUCGGGUAGUCAAGAUGGAGAUGGAGAUGGAAGGGAUGGAAGAGAUGGAACCGAUUUCUCGCACAUCAAGAAAUUGUACUCGCACCCGCAAGCCUGGGGCCAGUGUAAGAACUUCCUGGAUAAGUACCUCAAGACGGCUGAGAGGCACGACGUGAGUUCCACGAGCAAAGCCGCGGAAAUCGCGAGUCAAGAUAAAACCGGCGAGUCCGCCGCACUAUCUAGUGAAAUCGCAGCGGAGCUCUUCGGACUGGACGUCCUUGCCAAGGAGAUCAACGAUAAGAAGGGGAAUAGCACGAGAUUCUUCAACUACUAUUACGACGCCAUCAACCAGCUCUAA